AUGAGAAUUAUUUUGAAUUUAUUUUUGAUAGAGUGCAUUCAAGCGGUUUAUAAUAUCGAGCAAUGCGAUAAUUGCGGACUAGAUAUACAGACCGAAAUCAAAUGCCCGAGAAAUCUCCCUCAGUUUUGCGACUUUGCGCCCAAUUGCGAGGCAAUUUUAUUCAUCCAUUUUCAAGACUAUAAUUUCUUGAGAAAUGGUUUCACAAAAGACUCCAUUUCAUUGAGUUUUCACUGGUGUCACACAAGUAGCUGCCUGAAUCACCUUUUGACCGAUGACGUCGACUGCACGGUCGCCAUCGCCCCUGGUCAGAAAUUAAAGUCUUCAAUCAGUGCAAAGUGUAGCAGCAAUUAUGAGUGCGACGGUGAAUCCAACAUUUGCCAAGAUACAGGAAACGUGGUCGAAAGUCGACGUCCGGCGACGUUUAUUGUAUUUUACGCUUCGUCAAGGAUCGGCCCGUAUUCUGGCUGGGCGAGUCAAUCUUGUCAAGGGAAUGUUUGCGCCUUCAAGAUGUGCAACUUCCGAUGCGAGUUUCCUAAGCAAAAAAUCAUCGUCCAUGAUCUUGGUCUUCAGCCUUCUUGCUCUGAUUGUACGAGUCCUGUGAUCCCGAUGCUGAAAAGCAAGAGUGACUGGAGUUGCACCGUGAGAGCACUUUUGGUAACGUCUCGGAAUGAGCCGAUUAAGAUGAAUGGCGACUACGUCGGCAAGCACAUCACGAGUCAGUCAAUAGCAAUGGGCGAGAAUGUACGAGUCAUCUAUGCCUUCGACAAUUAUCCAGAAAAUAUGCGACCGUGGAUCGAUUCUUGUGAAAUAAUCCUCCCGUCUUUGAACCAAAAUGUCACUGUUGUACGAAACGGAGCCGUGCUCGAUUGUAAACUCACGAGAGACAUCAAUUUUCAACUAUUGCAGCCUUCAAUCUACUUGCCUGAUCCAGGAAUCGUCCAGUUCGUUGCAUUUACCCCUGAAAAUCACAAAGGAAGUUUCGGAAUACGACUCAAGUGUCGUGCCAUACUUUUGGAGAAAACGACUAGCCAGUAUUCAUCCGCUCAUAAAAUCACGACAAGGGAGACAUCUACUACACAGCUCACGAAAGACACCAUUGACUGGUCCAGUUAUGAACGGAAUGACUACAAAUUCGAAGCUCUUGUAUCAAACAAUCUACCGGAGGAGUCAGUAACAACCGUCACCAUGAAAAUCUCGCCUGACAGAAAAACAUCUUGGCAAUGGGCAGCAAUUUUCGUCAUUAUUCUCACUCUUGUAUGCUUGAUUAUUAUUUGGAGCUCAAAGAAAGGAUGUACAAAGAAAAAGAGAAAGCGCAAAAAUAUCUGGCACGGGCUGCCGAAAUUUGUUGAAAGUCAUACCAUCAAAGACAAAGAGACCGCGAAGAUCGUUUGGGUUGAAAAAACCAAGCCGGAAGGAAUUUAG